GGGGAUGUUCCCGAAACCGGCCUGGAGGGCAGGCCCGGGCCAGAUCUGGCUGAGGCCCCCUGCCUGGCCCGGAACUGGUCCCACUGGCGUGGAGCCUCAGAAGGCAGGCGAGCCGCCGCAGGCCCCUCCACUUCCUCUCCUCUCCCCGCGCCGCCCUCGCGCCCUCCCCCCCCCCCCCACGCCGGCCCCACUGCCUGGCGCCCGCCCGGAGGCGGUUUUUCCACUGGCUGGCGUGAACCAUCCAUCUCACGGGUUCUGCCUCUUUUCUGGAGUUAAACUUUUCUGAAGACACCACCAGCCCCAGGCCCUGCUGGUCUCUCCGGAGCAGAAGCAAAGCGGGAGGGAGCCCGCCGAGGGCACGGGCUGGCCCAUGCCCGGGAGCUCCAAUGUCCUCAGGUCACUUGGAGAGCCCAGCUCCGUGGAGGCCAAGGCCACCGGUGCCCGCAGCUGACCCCAGCAUUCCUAAGAGGAGAGCAAGGACCAGAUGACUUAUCCUCUUUCCACAGAUGAGGACACUGAGGUCCAGAGAAAGGUCAUGAAGUGUGCUGAGAGCCAGCAUCUCCUAAACCAGUCCAGAGCCUGAGGUCUCCAACAUGAAUAGGUUCUUAUGAACUCCAGGGCUGCUGCACCAGGCUCACCACUGACUGGAGGCCCCUUCCUCCACCCCCCACCCCCCCAUAUCACAGGAUCAAGUCCAAGUCCCUUAUCCACCAGGACACCUACUCCGGCUUUUAUACCCAUGGGCUAGACACCUUGAGGACACACCCUCCAAAUAGUUCUAGGUCCCCCAGCACAUUAGCAGUACCUGGAAUCCCAAAGGGAAAGCCAGUCAACAGCCCACAGUCCCCAAUGCCACAGGGCCAGUCCUAGUCCCCACCUCAAGGGAAGCUUGUGCUGAUGACAAGAACCUAAGUGUCUGAGGCAGAUAGAGCUGAGCUUGAAUCUCAGCUCUGCCAUUCAUAUGUGAGCCUGGUAAGCACUCACCCCAAGGAAGCCUCCACCUUCCCUACGUGCACUGGGAUAUCAGAGCUCAGUGCAGGAUCUUGACGAUGGGCAAUGACGGACGUAAAGCGCCCGACAUAGUAAGAGCUCAGUGAACGGUGGCUAUUCUCACUCCACCCAGGCCCUGGGGCUCCCCAAGUCUCCUUCCUUUCUCACCAGCCUGACUACACAAGAUCCCCUCGGUCCCUGUUUUUAGAGGCAAAUACUGAUCAGUCAUCUACGGUCCCACAGGAAGCACCAGGCCAGCCACUGCAGGGGAUCAAAUGGCAAGACUGUGCCCUGCCUUCAGGGGCCCGUAGCCUGUGCGCUUUCCUAGUCCCACCAGGAGCCACCGUCCCAGUGUCCUCCUGCCUCCACCCUUGCCAUCGGUCCCCCAGCUGACCCGUCACCAUGGCAGCCCUGAUCACAGAGAACUUCCGCUUCUUAUCACUCUUCUUCAAGAGCAAGGAUGUGAUGAUUUUCAACGGGCUGGUGGCACUGGGCACGGUGGGCAGCCAGGAGCUGUUCAGUGUGGUGGCUUUCCACUGCCCUUGCUCACCAGCCCGAAACUACCUGUAUGGGCUGACAGCCAUCGGUGUGCCCGCCCUGGUGCUCUUCCUCAUCGGCGUCAUCCUCAACAACCACACCUGGAACCUGGUUGCCGAGUGCCAGUACCGGAGGACCAAGAACUGCUCGGCCGCCCCCAACUUCCUCCUUCUAAGCUCCAUUGUGGGCCGCGCAGCCGUGGCCCCCAUCACCUGGUCUGUCAUCUCUCUGCUGCGCGGUGAGGCCUAUGUCUGUGCUCUCAGCGAAUUCGUGGACCCCUCUUCGCUCACAGCUGGGGAAGACAGUUUCCCACUGGGCCAGGCCACAGAAAUCCUGGCCAGGUUCCCGUGUGGGGAGGGCCCUGCCCACCUGUCAGGUUGCCGGGAAGAGGUCAGCCGCAGGCUCAAGUACGAGUCCCAGCUCUUCGGGUGGCUGCUCAUCGGUGUGGUGGCCAUCCUGGUGUUCCUGACCAAGUGCCUCAAGCACUACUGCUCACCACUCAGCUACCACCAGGAGGCCUACUGGGCGCAGUACCGGGCCAACGAGGACCAGCUCUUCCAGCGCACGGCCGAGGUGCACUCACGGGUGCUGGCUGCCAACAACGUGCACCGCUUCUUCGGCUUCGUGGCACUCAACGAGGAUGACGAGAAGCUGGUUGCCAAGUUCCCGGUGGAAGGCACACAGCCACGGCCACAGUGGAACGCCAUCACCGGCGUCUAUUUGUACCGCGAGAACCAGGGCCUUCCACUCUACAGCCGCCUGCACAAGUGGGCCCAGGGUCUGGUGGGCAACGGCACGGCCCAAGACAACAUAGAGAUGGCCCUGCUCGCCUCCUAAGGGUCCUGUUCCCACACUCUUUGCCAAUGACACUACCUGGUCCCAAACAAAACCCCAUGGUCUGUUCACAUCAGCAUCAGAGGGGAAUUUUUUUUUUGGGGGGUGGGGUGGGGCGCUUUGUGGGAUCUUAGUUCCCCAACCAGGGACUAAACCUGCACCCUCGGCAGUGAAAGUGCGGAGUCCCAACUACCUGACUACUAGGGAAUUCCCCAGAGGGGAUUUUUUUUUUUUUUUUUUUUUUUUUAACCAUAGCUUUUGGGGGAAACAGGCCAGGAAAAAGGAACACAAAGUAAAACUGGGGAACAGAUGUGAGAGCUAGUAGACAACAUGGUCAGCUCUGGCAGGAAGGCUCUCAGACCUGAAGAAAUUCCUUCUCCUGUUGCCACCAGCCACAUGGUCAACAGCUUUGGAGAAAAGACCCUCCCAGAACUGGUCCUUAAUUAACUAUGAUGUGGAUGACCUUCGACUGGUAGGACCCAGUCCCACCGGUCUGGGAAGCCCCGGACAGCAGAGCCAGGUGACAAUGAAACUCACCAGCAGGCUCCUUGUGCAGAACAUUAUGUGUAACUGCAUAUGGACACCUGGCCCGGUGCUGCUCAGCUGGGAAGCAGCCCCCAAUGUACGCCUCUAGCUUUAUUUUCUAUAAAUUUUUGAUAAAGCUUGUCUUAGUAUAAAGGACUAGCUUGGUGUCCGCACGAUUGGAUGGGCCAUGCCACAGCAGGCUGGAGGUCAUGGGGACAGGCCCAAAUCCCAUUCCUGGGGAGGGAAGAGGACAGAGACUCUGGGCAAGACUGAAAUGGAUGGAAGGGAAGCCUGGGGCACAGGGAGAGCCAGGUGUUCCCACACGCAGGAAGGCCCUGGCAUUGAUGAUGUCUUAACUGGGUUCAGUUUUCUGAUUUGAUCUGGGAAACAGAUGGAACCCGGCCUUUCUCAGAGGGAAGCUCGGCUAAAAUUUCACGAGUCAGCAGAUCCUGCCCUUGCACUCAGUAGGGCAGUCUAGCUCUCGUAACCUAGAGCUAGUGACCAACAACCAGGCCAAGCCCUGCUCUGCCUCCUUCCCAUGCCCGCCCCUGCCUGAGCCCCUCCACCGCCUCUUAAAUCUCUGAUGCUCUCUCCCUUGUCCCUGUCCUGCUUUCUGGCAUAUGACUCAGUCACUUCCCAAGGAAAAGCUCUCCAGCUCUCAGGACACUUAAAGCUCUGCCCAAGAAAACUUUAAUUCCCUUAAGACCAAGCCAAAAAUGAACUGGCUUCAACAACUAGCUGGGUCUGUGCUGGCCUCGAGGAACUCUAGAACAUACAGGAUUAUUACUUAUCAAGGAGGAGGAGAGACAGUCUUUCUGUGAACUUUACAGGGAGGUGGGGGUAUAGCGGGCCCGUCAUGUCCCCUCUCCCUCAGGACUCAAGGAACAACCAGCAAGUCAAUCAAGGCCCUCCGCCCAGCAAGCUCUCCUCAGGGGAGCUACAGGGAGCCAGAGAAACUGUGCAGCUCUCCCAAAGCCACACAGCAUGUGGAUCUACGUCCCAGCCUCACAGUCUCCACAAAGGGGCACGAGGUACUAGCUGAGCUGAGGCUGAGGGAAUGCCCAGAGACUCUGCGAUCUAGGAGAGCGACCCGCUUUCCGGACCCUGCUGACCCCCACUAGCUGGACCAAGAGCCUGCUAGGGCCAAAGUGGGAUCCUGACCACAGAGUCCCCGGGAGGCGGCCCUCCAUUCCUGCUCCCCGGGGACCUCCCAUGAAGGAGAGACUCUCAGCUUUUCUGGGAGCCCAGGAGCCUACUGCCUGCAACCACUGAGCAGCCCCAGAAAAGGAGAAAGAUGAAA